AUGUCUUCACAUUGGGAUUCAUCUAGUUCUUUUAGAGCUUCUACUCAAUUUUCUAGUAAUAACGGUUCUCGUGGUGAAUUGCCUGAUGAUCUGGAAACAGCACGAGCGAUCAUCGAUAGUUUAACACGACAAUUAAGGAUUCAUGACGAUGUAACCUCGAAUUUGUUGCUUCUUCAGAAAAGAAUCCAGCACACUCACCGAAGGACACAAGAUGCCAUGCGCAUGCUUGAAGAUCGUCUAGACAAUAUUGAAGCAACAUGGACCAAAGAAUUAGAAGAUCAACACAAACGUUGGCUCGACAAAUACAAUCGGUUGAUGAGAGAAGCAGAAAACACUCGUCUUUUAAAUAAAGAAACAUCUAAAGCUUCAGCAAAACAUACUAAUAAGACUGUGAAAUUUUCAAAACAACAGCUUGAAAAUCUCAAUCGUCGUGCUAUGAUGAUCGAUGAAGGAAUCAACGAACUAGAAAAAGUUGCAAGUUGUACCAAAAACUUUGACGGAAAGCUUCAUCUUGACAAGCAGAAGAUCAGAGAUAUCGAUGCUCGAUUGAAAACAUUAACAAAGAAAGAGCAAAAGUUGAAUGAUGAGCUCACCAAGCAGAUGAAUAUUCAUUUUGGCAGCAAGCCUUUCGCCCAAAUGACAAAUGAACAAUCCGAGAAAAGCUUUUAUGGCGUUUGUGAAGUAAUUGAUGGUUACCGAAAAACAAUUGAAAAUUUGGACAAAGCAUUACGAGCAAUGGAGCAAAUUAGGAAUGUAUCAGUAGCGAAAAGCAAAGUUAAUAGCACAAUUCAAAGUACACCAUCGGUAGAUGAAAUUGAUGAAAUUACAGUUCUUAUGAGACGUUUCCUUGCCAAAUUGCGAGUUCAGCUAGCAUCAGUUCAUUUAUAUAGCAAACCAGCUUUGAGUCCUAAGUUGGAUACCGGUAAGGUAAGUUUACUUUUAAAGGUUAAGUACGUCAAUAUACCUGAAAAUAUUCGAAUAUUUGUGUACUGA